GUCACUUUUUCAACUAAGAAAAAAUGAGGAUUUCUACCGAAGAAGUAUUUCUUGCGCUCCUGGGAUUCCUGCACUUUAGACGUGCAGAUGGAAUGAAUCUCGAAGAGCAAAUGGCUCUCUUAGAUGGAAUGGAUCAGGGAGAUAACAGGGAUCACUAUACUCUCGGUGAAAGACGAAUUAGGAUAAUAUUGCGGGAUGGAUGUAUGGAUGAGGGAGAUGUCAUUGUUGCACGCGUCACAUCCACCUGGUUAUUACCUAACCAACCGCAUCCUGUCAACAUCUUUCCAUAUUUUAUGGUAAUGGGGAAAGAGCAAUAUCGUGCUGGCCCCUUUGCAGAGUUUCAUGUACAUGAGCGACAAUGGCUUCUACCCGACAACCACAUAUUUGUAGCAAUGCCAGCAGACAAGGUGUAUAGCGCACUUUUAGAACCCCAAGGGUCCAAAAAAGACAUCAAAAAGCAUAACAGUAAUUACCCUGGAAAACCCCCGAAGCGAGGAAAGCAAUCUCAACUUGAUUCUUAUCUCCAGGGAAAGUAUGGUUUUCAUUAG